AAAAAAUAUGGCGGCGUCAUUAGAAUUAGAUGAUAGAUCUACUAAAACUAAAAAGAAAACAGAAAUGGUGUACAGAAUUUUAGUUUAUUUGCGAAAUUGUCAUAGAAAAUCGAGCUAUUUAAUUAUUCAUAGAAUUAUACAACAAAAUCUAAUCAGUGAUUGUUUGUUUUCUAAAUAGCAUCUUCCAGAAAGGUCGAGUCGAGCCUCGGCUCACGUACGAUCACAACAAAUACGCGAAACAAUGAAAGGAACAUUGUCGAACUUUCUGCUUGUUUACUUCAUAGAGUUGCUAUCUCUCUAUAAAAGCUGGUACACACAGAGAAAGAAUUCAGAUGACUUGAACCUCGAGCGACAAAAUACAGUGAUACGUGCCUUGAUUUUGUACAAGCUACGAACAUUUAUUUAAAAUAUUUCUCAUAUUUAUUUUGUUAGUGGUGAAACCAUUUCAAAAAGAGGAAAAUGUUUGCAGUUGUUCCAAGAUAUUUUGAUGACAGUGGUCUCUUUCAACUAGCAGAUGAGAUGAUAAACAAUCCCUGGUUUACAAGACCAACCUUUGCAGAUCGAGCUCUAGCAAAUCUCAAUGAAAGAUUUGGUGAUUCACAAAUUCAGAACACAGACAAGGAAUUCAGAGUGAAUCUUGACUUGCAUCAUUACAAACCUGAAGAAGUUAAGGUUACAUCUGACAAUAAGAAAAUCACUGUCCAUGCCAAACAUGAAGAGAAGCAAGACAAACAUGGAUAUGUCUCUCGUGAAAUGAUCAGAACCUAUGCAUUGCCAGAAGAUACAGAUGCCAAGUCAGUGACAUCAACAAUGAAUUCAAAUGGCGUUCUGAACAUCAGAGUUGCCAAGAAAGCCAUUGAACCUCCUAAAGAAAUUCCAAUAGCUGUUGAAUACAAAGGAUGAAGAAGGAAAAGUACAAAGUAUUAAGAUGCACAUAGUAUGAUGUAUUUUUCAGUAUUAUGUGUACAUCUAUUGAAAAUGCUGUUAAUAAUUGUUGUUAAUGUAUCAUUUUUUAUUGAAUUGUGUUAAAAAGCAUUUUUAUUACUUUAUUAUAAACAGUAAUUUAUUUCUCUUUGUAAUGCAUAAUUUUUUUUUUCAAGAAGGCUGUUUAUGUAUAACUAAAAUUCCUUUUCUUAGAUUUUAAGUAACUUUUUUAAAAUUCUAGUUCUAAUUGAUUACUCAAUGUUGUAUAAAUAUGAAAUAACAUAUUUGUAUGUUAAAAUUUUUUAAAAUUUUGUCUAAAUAAAAAAAAAUAAAAAUUA